AGCGUGCAGACGAUAAUGAAUCGCCAAAUAACUUGGAAACCGGCGAAAGAUGCUCCGAUUUUAAAGAAGUUCACUAAUUUAUCAGAUGAUGCACAGUGUAUUCUAUCAGCAUUUUACAAGGAUAAGCGUCAGUCAUCGAAAUUUGCAUCCCAGAGAGAUGUUUCAAGUUAUUAUCAAGAUAUCUACAGGAAAAAAUUUUGUUUGUCUUCAACCCAAGGUACAAACACAACAAUCAAAACAGAAAAACUGUCCUGGAAUGAGCAAAUGGACAUGGGAUAUUCCACUCAGCAACAAAAUUUUGGUAUAGAUUUUGAGGAACUUGAGGAAGAAAGAGGUUGUGUACCUAGGGAACAAGUUACAGAUUGUCAAAACGAUGAAAAGCAAUUAUUUCUUGAGAAAGAAAAUAAAGGAUAUGGUACAGAUAGAAACUCUCUCCUGUGUAAAAGCCAGAACAGCAAGUCAAAUUUUCAGAGAUAUGUAAGUACUACAGCUCAUAACGUUACAUCUUUAGGUGAUAAAAGGCAGCUUUCUGGCAGUUUGUUUGGUACUAUUCAAAAAAGCUGUUAUUCAAACUGCUCUGCUGACAUGGAGGGAAAAACACAUGCUGGUACUAGUUUCAGAGAUCAUUAUAGCAAAAGUGUGCUGAUCGGUAGAGCAAAUUGUAAAGAUGUAAACCCUGUGUCUCUUUCUGGAGAAGUUCAAAGAUUUAAAAAAUUUCAAAAUAAAUGCAGUCUUCCAAAUUUAGGAGCUAGCAUUCAUGGUCCAAAUGAGCUGACCAACAAAUCAACAGUUUCUCAGUUUGAUGAUGUCAGUACAAAUGAAGAGAAUAUGCAAUCCAGUUCACAGUCCCUAUUCUCUCAAGAUGAACUAGGCCAUAAAGAAGAAUCAAAGUUUUCAAUUGAUUGUGAGUCAAAUGUGCAAAAGAAUGGUAUUGCAGUUCCUGUCAAGGAAAAUGAAAGAACUCCUUAUGUCAUUGCUCCAAAUUCUGUGACCAGUAUUAGUUCAAAAAUAGCAAGGAGGUUGUAUCAGCACAAGCAAAAAAGGCAGGAAGAUCAAAAAGCUGUGACAGAAUGUAGUAAUGUUAACAAUAAUAAUGGAAAGGAAAGAAAAAAAACCCUAACCCAGUAUUUUGUGCCUUACAAGAAAAAGAGAAGUGAAGAUGAAAGAAAAGAGGACUUCAAAGAGCAGAAAAAUCAGCCUGAGGGUGGUGUAUCCAAUGUGGAUAAGAUGUCAGAAUGGGAGCGAAAAAAAGUAUUUGAAAAGUUCCUACAAAGUCGGGAAAUAGCCAUUACUCUCGUGUACUCUGAUGGCUCAACACAGCUCAGGGAAAAUUUGGAUGCUACAAACAGUAGUAACACUAAGAAGAAAAGCAGCACUGUAAAGCUGAAAAAUCUAUCACAGGUCUCAGGAUGGUACAUGAAAUGUAGAAGUAAUUUAGUUGGACAAGAUGAUGAAAUUCUCUACAUUCCUCAACAUACAAGAGAUGUUUCAAUCAAUGAACAGAUCAGACAAUUUCUGAAGGAUUUUAUCAGAAACAAUUCCAGGCAAGUAUGCUUCUGUGCUAAGGACUUUCUGAUUGUUCUAUUAAAGUACCUGUAUGCAGAAAAUGCAGAUGCAGGUCAUAAAUAUGUGUUGGAAACAAAUAUAUGGGAUCCAGUUGUUGCACAAUGGCUCUUAAAUCCAGACAAAUCUACCUCAUCAUUUCAACAGAUGCUUGCUGAUAAUGGGAUUCAGCAAAAGAAUAUCUCAAUUGAUCAGAUUGGACACAAUACCAUUUCAGAUGAUAUGGAAAUGAUACUGGAUCUGAUUCAAAAGCAGUUCAAUAGUAUAUGCUCUAAAAACAUGAGACAGUUGUUUCUCCGAGUGGAGACAAAGCUAACACCUCUCCUGGCCAUUAUGGACACCCAAAAAAUCAAAGUUUCUACGGACACAAUGUUGAAAUUCUCCGAUAUUUUACAGAAAAAGCUGGAAUUCCUUGAGCAGAAGGCAUAUAAGAUUGUGGGUCAUUCUUUUUCAAUUACCAGUCCAGCUCAGAUACGGCAGGUAAUUUUUGAAGAGCUUCAGCUUCAUACAAGGCUGAGUAACUCUAAGCUUGCCAAAACAGCAGUGGGACACCAGUUGUCGACCUCGGAAUCUGUACUUACUCAGCUGAUGCACCUUCAUCCCCUCCCUGCUGUAAUACUGGAAUAUCGACAGGUUCAAAAACUGAAGUCUACAUAUGUAGACGGAAUGAUGAGUGCAGUGGUCAGUGGAUACCUGUCGACCCACUGGGACCAAACCUCGGCCGCCACUGGUCGGCUCUCCUCUCACUCCCCCAACAUCCAGGCUAUCCCCAAAACUGCCAGUUCUAUUUCAGUCUCCGCAGUUAAAGACAAGGAAUGCAUUGUGGGAUACACAGAUCUUGGAGAGAAAAAUGUAGAUAUAUUUGCAAGGGAUUCUUUCAUCAGCCAUGAUGGAUGGUCAUUUUUAUCUGCAGAUUUUCAACAAAUUGAACUUAGAUUGCUAGCUCAUUUGGCAAAUGAUUCAACGCUAUUACGACUGUUCAAUGAGAGUUGUGAGAAAGACAUAUUUGUAGAGCUUACAGCACAAUGGUUGAGGAAACUACCUGAUAAUGUUUCUUCAGCUGAGCGGGAACAGACAAAGAGAAUAGUCUAUUCGGUCAUGUAUGGUGCAGGAAAAGAAAAAUUGGCUGAAUAUUUGAAGAUACCAGCAGUAGAAGCUAAAAAUAUCAUAGAUAGUUUCCUAGUUUCUUUCCCUGCUGUGAAUCAUUUUUCAAGAAGAUGCAUUGAAUUUUGCAGACAGAAAGGUUAUACCGAGUCUAUAUUUAAGAGAAAAAGGAUGAUUCCAAAUAUCAAUCACCCGUCCCCUCCACUCCGAGCUCAAGCUGAGAGACAAGCAGUCAACUUCUGUGUCCAAGGUUCUGCUGCUGACCUGUGCAAAGCUGCAAUGCUUCAGGUAGAAAACAAUCUAGUACAACACUCAGAGCUACGAGUCAGACUAUUGGUUCAAAUCCAUGAUGAAUUACUGUUUGAGGUUCCAGAUGAGCAUUUAUCUAAAGCUGGAGCUCUGAUAAAGUCGGUGAUGGAGGACAGAGAGACGCUCUGCAGUGAGUUCCUAAACCUCCGAGUUCCUCUCAGAGUCUCACUGUGUGCAGGGAAAACCUGGGGUCACAUGACUCCCCUACAGAACAACUCCAGUCAGUAAUUUGU